AUGGCGCCGGUCGACAAGGGGAAGAAGACGAAAGGGCGGCAGCGCAGGGAGAACAUCCGGGUGGAGAACAAGGAGUCCCGGCAGGUAACCUUCUCUAAGCGCAAGGCUGGGCUCUGGAAGAAGGCCGCCGAGCUCGCCGUGCUCUGCCGCGCCAGGCUCGCGAUAGUCGUCUUUUCCGAGGCCGGCAAGGCGUUUGCCUUCGGCAGCCCCUCCGCCGAAGCCGUCCUGGGCUGCAUCGACAACGCCCCUGUUCCCGCUGCUGCUGACGACAUGGAGUGGAAGGCCCUGGAGGCCCUGUUUCGGGAGACGGAGAAGAAAAGCGCCGAGGUCACGGCGGAGGCCGCGCGGAUGACCGCCAUCGGGAAGAAGGUGCAGGAGGUGCAGGAGAAGACGGGGAAGCAGUUCUGGUGGGAGGUCGACCCUGAAGAGCUCGGGGAGGAGGAGCUGCCGGUAUUCAUCAAGGCGCUCGAGCGCAUCAGGGACAAUGUUCGCCGCCGGGCCGACGAUCGGCUCUCAGCUCAGUAG